AUGCCUGGAACUCGCCCUACUCAUCAUUCCCUUCGGUUUCCAUGUUUAUCUCCAGGCUGUAUGCGCUGGUUUCGAAACGCCUCAGGCCGCACUCAACACAUGCAUGCGUGCCAUCCAGUUGCACUUGCUCAAGAUUUUCUACCAACACCGCCUCAGUCGCCACCUCCUCCUGGUUUCUCGCCACCUCCUCCUGGUUUCUCGCCACCUCCUCCUGGUUUCUCGCCACCUCCUCCUGAUUUCUCGCCACCUCCUCCUGAUUUCUCGCCACCCCCACCUGAUGUCUCACCACCCCCACCUGAUGUCGAUGAGGAUCCAGAGUCAGAAUUCACGGACGCGAGUGGGCGUUACUAUCGUACGUAUCAUUCGCUCCUCAAUGGACUGCCAUGCACAGCUGAUGGUGUAUUUCUACCGCCUGGUACACCACCAACUCCUGCUCCACUGAAGUCUCCUCAUGACUGGAGUCCAUAUCGCAGUGAUGUUGAGUUUGCAACGGCAGAGUUUACCUUCAAGCAAUGCCAUAUGUCUAACAAAGCUUCGGACAUACUAUUCGACUUGAUGGCUGCGCAGCUAUUAAAACACAACGACUCCCCUCCAUUCGCGGACCACAAGGAUUUGCACAAGGUCAUUGACGCUACACAGCUUGGCAAUGUCCCUUGGCAAUGUCUCUCGGUUCAAUACGCGGGGGAACACCCUGAGCACGAUACUCCUCCGUGGAUGGGCAAAGAAUAUGAAGUUUGGUACAGAGACCCCCGCGUGAUGGCACACAACAUGUUGGCCAAUACCACCUACAAGGGUGAGAUUGACUAUGCGCCAUUUCGAGAGUAUGAUUCGUCGGACAAUACACGCCGAUGGAAAGACUUUAUGUCUGGAGAUUGGGCAUGGCAACAAGCCGACGAGAUAUCGAAGGAUCCGAACACGCAUGGAUCAAUGUUCGUCCCAAUAAUCCUUGGGAGUGACAAGACCACCGUAUCUGUGGGCACGGGUAAUAACGAAUAUUACCCCUUGUAUGCCUCGAUCGGCAAUCUUUUUCACUGCUCGCUAUCCGCGAUUCUAUCCACCCUGAAGCCUGCGAUGACCGAGUAUGAGGUCCUGCAUUGCGCAGACGGUCAUUUUCGACGCAUCAUAUUUGGCCUAGGACCUUACAUAGCUGACUAUGAGGAGCAACUGGUGCUAUCUUGCACCGUCAAAAACUGGUGCCCGAAAUGUCUUGCACAUCGUGGUGACCUGGAUGGCGGCGGUAAUCUCCCACGCACUCGAGAGCAUACAGAUCUCCUCGUAUCUGAACAUAUAGACUCAGAUACAUUGUGGCAUGAAUUUGGUAUCGUUAGCGUUCUCGCGAUCAUCUUGUGGGACUGGGUCUUAAAGUAUCUCAAACUCACGCAUGGGACCAAACGAGGAGAAGAGAUCAUGAGUGACAUAGAUCGCAGAAUUGCUGCUGUGGCAUCAUUCACUGGGCUACGGCGAUUUCCCGACGGGCCGUGGCUUCAAACAGCCCUCAUGAAGGUUUUCCUUCCGGCUAUUGAAGGCCAUGUACCUCAAGACAUGGUGCGCGCAUUUCGCGCUCUUUUAGAGUUUUGUUAUAUUGCACGACGCGAUGUAAUUACCGAAGCCUCUCUGGUUCAACUCAAUGAUGCGCUCACUCGGUUUCCACCACUACCGCAAGAUAUUCGAACCACAGGCACAGUCCCUCACUUCUCGUUACCUCGUCAACACUCGAUGACUCACUAUCACAUCAAGGCGGUCAAGGAACCUUGGCGGUGGUCUAACAAGCACAACGCCCUGGGUCAAAUGCUAUUGACCAAUCAACGGCUUGAUAAACUUGCAGCAUCUCGCCUGGACUUUGCUGCUCGUGGGAUGCUUGUCGGCUCUGUGUUAUCAAGAGCUGUGGCCGCUCUCACUGUCGGCCCUGAAGAUGAGCCAAAUGCCCCAGUGAUCGCACCAGAAGUCGAGGGUGAGCUCGCGCGGACACCUCAACGAAAACGGGCACGGACUGUAAUGGAGCUAGCAGAUGAGGUCAAUGUACCUCCACCUGCGACGCCUUAUCCUGGCAUUGGCGGCAUGCGACGUGAACAGAUACGAGCUUGUCCACUCUGGCGGAAUGUCGCUGCCCGUAAUGAUUGUGUGUUUGGGCUCGAAGUCGCAAGAGUCAAAUGUUUCUUUCUUUUCAAGUUUAAUUGGGUCACAUAUCCAUGUGCCCUCGUUCAGUGGGAUACCGGCAUGUGGAUAGUACGUCCAACUGUUCAUGACGAUGGCACCCCAAACUUCGCCGUCAUCCAUAUUGACACAAUUUACCGCGCAGCCCACUUGAUCCCUGUCUAUGGUCCCGACUUCAUUGCUGACAACAUCGAGUAUUUUCACUCCUAUGAUGCUUUUCGCUCAUUCUAUAUUAAUAAAUUUGCUGAUCACCAUGCAUUUGAGAUCGCGUCGUGA